AUGGCACGACUCGCGCUCGUAACUGCCGCAACUCGGCAUCCACGUGAGCGCUGGAUGCGUGGUUGCAUGUGCCGCACCGUCGCAGUGCCGAACCGCCGCACUCAAAAAAGCCCGCUGUGUGAUGAUGAGCAUCAUAAAAGACAGUGACAGUCGUCGGUGCUCGAUCCGGACGCAGUAGGUACCUCCAUCAUCCACUCACGACUUGUGAUUACUCGGCCAUUCUCGCAGGCAACGUGAAUCGUGACCUGUGACUUGAGCCGUCGAAAAGCGGAGCGAUGAGAGCCUCCUGCGCGUGUGGGUGCGCGCCUCGGCAGGACUGCGCUCGGAGAGGUCACGUGUUUGUCAGAAAAGUCUCGUGCGAUAGAUGCGUGCCCGCGCGCACAGCUUGGAUUUUUCGUGUGUGCAUGCAUGGCACGCGACCGUUUUGGGCGCUGCAUGUUGCUCGACGUCUGCGUUACCCUUCAUACCGUACCUUCCUCAAGACCCCAUCGCGCCGGCACACCGCUCGUGAAAUCCUCUUGCGACUCCAGCACAUGAUCCAUCGAUAUCGCCCGGACCAACGAUCAUCUUUGCUGCGCAUACACUGGAAGCGCUGCGCAAGAUUGUAAAAGUCAAAGCUCUCCAAAGCCCAUCUUGACUCCCACCCAAGCCUUGCACUUCUGCUGCCAUCCUUUCUCCUCCUGGCCUCUGAAAUCGCACGCAUACGCCAAGCCCGACAGCCUCUGCAAAGAUGCGUCUGUUGACUCACAACUUGUUGGCCUGUCACGCCAAAUCCUGCGUAUCCACCUCCAACAAUUUCCCACUCUCUUUCAAAGAAGUUCAGCUGGAACUGAUCGAGGCUGAUUUCAACGAGGCUUUCUUACGAGGAUUUCUGAACAAGGUAGAUUGGAAUGCGUUGGUUGUCGCUUCGAGACAGGUGAGUUCCGCAGGCUGGCCGACAUGCGUUCGGAAAUUGAUCUGGCGACUGGAGGCUGAGAUGAGCGAAUAGCGCUUGGAUGACUCAAUUGCCCUGCACUUUGCAAUGCUUCUCUUGCAUGGUAGUUGGGCGAUGCGAGCUUGCCUGAAAAAGGUCCGGAUCCGACGGACCCAAUGCUCGAUGAUGGGACGCUCAAAGCGCUGCACCACGUGCUGCUCGAGGUGAGUGAAUCUACGGUGAGGGUUGCGGGUGCAUGUAUGCGGUGGCACAGGGCACAUGAGCAGAAUGAUGAGAAACAUCAAUACAAAAACAAAUAUCAACUAGAAGCUGUUGCUGAGCCUUUUGCGGCAAUGCUUAUAAAGAUCUCUCUGAUAAGCUCAAGUGGACGCGGGAGGCGCGACAGAAAGCAUAGGGAGCAUGUUGAGAUGGUGGUGCUCACCGGUCCAUCCCUCAUUCUCGUACAGAUCCACGUCAUCGAGGGCCAAAUGGUGUGUCCCAACUGCGCCCACAUCUUUCAGAUCAGGAAUGGCAUUCCAAAUAUGGUGAGCGCGAGCGCGAAGUGGUAAGCCUAGCAGUCGCCGGAUCAGCAUCGAGGCGCUUCAUUACAAGUGCUGCGCACUUCUGACAUGCCAAACCCUUCAAUUCCCGUCCCCUCGCAGCUUCUAGCAGAGCAUGAAGUCCCCAAGUGA